AUGACGCUAAAUGUGCUAACACAUCAAAAGGAUAUUCUAUCUGCUUACGAUGUUAUACUGAAAUCAACAAGCUGUAACCAUUGGGUGAUUCUGGAAUACGAAAACAAUUCGAAUAUCAUUAAAGUGGCAGAUACUGGUGAUGGCGGUAUGGAAGAAUUGUCGACGAGCUUUACGGCCGGAAGAUUGCAGUAUGGCAUCGGAGCUGUUAGAUGGGGUGCUUCAGCAAGUGCAAAAAUUGUCCUUAUUCAGUGGCAGGGCGAAGGUGUACCAUCGUCGCGUUUAGUUACAACCGCUAAUCAUGGCAGUGAAUUGAAACGAUUCUUGCGUGGCAUACAUGUGAUUCUAAUUGCUCGAAACGAAGAAGAUGUUGAUAUGGAAAGCAUAUUGCGUGUAGUUAGCAGAUUGCCAGGUGUGAAUGAAACUGUGCCAACUUUGACUGAAAUUUCGGAGUUCACACAACCAAAGGCAGUUGGGACUACCUAUCAACCUGUGAAACCUAAAAAUGAAAUCGAUACAGUCAGCCGAGAAAAAUUCUGGAAAGAAGUAAGGGCUCAGGAGAAUGAUCGAAUUGCGGAAGAAAGGAAGCGAGAAAGGGAAAAGAAUGAAAUGGCUCUUCGUGAAAGAAGUGAGCUAAGUGAAAGGAUACAUGCCCAACUUUGUUCAGAAGAAAAAGCUAAAAAAGUGAAUGAAUCUUCAAGCUCAACUAUAUAUGAAAAAGAUAUAAUUCGAGCGAAUGAUUUAGUACAGGUUAAAGGAACUUUGUGCGAGAAGGUAUCCAAUGAACCACAACUAUGUGUUGUAGAAUCUCCUAAAACAUUACAAGUGAUUAGGGAGCAGACAGCAGAAAAAGCUUCAGGAUGCACUUCAACUAAUGAAGGGAAUGCUGAUAUUAUCGAAGAAAAUGAGAACAAAUCACAGCAAAGGAGGAGUGAGCAGGAAGUUGGAUUAAAAAGUUCUGUUAUUUAUCAAACGAAUAAAAAUUUCAUCCAAGAAGAUACAUUGCAGAAAACUGAAAGUGAAGUAAUCCGAGUAAUGGAAGAUACAAAAUCGUCACAUGGAAGGAGUGCUAUAGCUCUGUGGGAUUAUCAGGCUGCUGACGAAACUGAGAUUUCAUUCAAUCCGGAUGAUAUUAUUACGGAAGUGGAUCAAAUUGAUGAAGGUUGGUGGCAUGGUCGAGCUCCAGAUGGUAAAUAUGGACUGUUUCCCGCUAAUUACGUCAGUCUAUUAUGA